AUGAACACCCGGCAGCAAAGCAAAAUCACCUACUCCUGGUAUGGAAAACCCACCAGCUCAGACAGAAAGCUGAGGACUCUGCAGUACAAAGGAAUCCUAAUAAAAUCAGAAAGAAGCAGAACAGAAAACCACAUAAAACUUGGCGAAUUUAUUUUGGUAGAAGGGGAGAAUGCAGACCAACCUUUUGUGGCACAACUCCUGGAUUUAUAUGAAGAUGGCUCUCAGCAGAAACAUGCAGUUGUGCAGUGGUUCUCUAACAUCACAGAGAUACCUCCAAAUAAACGAAAGCUGAUUAAAAGACGGCUUUCUCCCCAAGAGCUGUUCUUUGAUCAAGUUUCUGGCUAUGACAAUGAUAUACUUGUGGAGACCAUUAUUAAAAGCGUCAUGGUAAUACCACUACAUCUGGGGGAGGAACCACCUAUUACAUUAAACAAGGAACAAAUUUUCUAUGUAAAGCAGUCUUGGGAUGGGAAGUGCUUUAAGGCUUUGUCCCCUGACACGUUCUCUAAGCUGAAAGAAGCUAAUAAGAAAGGAGGUGGCAUCCCAGACUCUUCAAACUCAGUUAUUCCUUCGGACAUUGUUACCCCUUCGAAAAAAGAGAGAGAGGGAGUUGUUCGAAGUGCUACAAAACCAAAAAGUGUUGAAUUGGAAAUAGAAUCAAAACAUUCUGCUUCCAAGUCUUCCAUCGCUAAGGAGAGACAUUCUCAAAGAAUGGUUAAUGGCAUAAAAACUCCAACGGCAAAGAAGAAGUUAGAGUUAAACAGUUCCCCAAGAUCUCCUAGAAGCAGGCUCCUGGAAUGCGAAGUUUUGGAACUUUUGGAUGAUGACUCUGAUGCUGGAGCACAGUUAGAACCUUUGGCUACUAAAAGAAAAGUGAAAUUCACUGGUAUCUUAGGCUCACCACCAAAAAUCCCUUGCACCAACAAUAAGUCAAAGCCAGUGUUUGAUUCUGCAAAGGACUGGCAGAGUUUUAGUGAUACAAUACGAUUAUCCCCCUAUGCUAAGGGCGGAGACUGCAGUGAGGAAGUCAAGAGCCUUCAUAGAGAUGAUGACACUAGAGGUUUAGUUGAAGAGCAGGACUUGGACAGUCAGAGCAUUGUCUUGACCCCUCGUUCUCGUAGAUUAUGUGCACAGAAGACAAGUAUGCGCAUUGCAGAGCAAGUCAGCAUAUUAAAUACACUAGAACAGAAUGAGGAAGAAGAUUCUCUGUCUAGCUCAGAUAGCUCUUACUCCUCAAGUAGUGAGGAAGAGGACAUUGAUGUACCCUGUACACCGGAAAAGAGAACUAGCUCAACCAGAACAUUGAGCACCCCAAAAUCCUCAAGGAAGUCUUCAGAUCACACUCCUGCUAAGACCCUGAAGAAAACACCUUUACCGGCAACACCAAAGACGCCCCGGAAUGCAACUCCUGAAAUUCCCAGGCGCAGCCAUGCAGCAAAGAAACCAGCCAGCAUACUAGAAGAAGCCAGACUAAGGUUGCAUGUUUCUGCUGUCCCAGAAUCUCUGCCUUGUCGUGAGGAAGAAUUUCAGGAUGUCUAUAACUUUGUGGAAAGCAAACUUAUUGAUGGUACAGGAGGGUGCAUGUACAUCUCUGGAGUGCCUGGAACAGGUAAAACUGCAACUGUUCAUGAAGUAGUUCGCUGCCUUCAGCAGGCUGCAGAAAAUGAUGACCUACCAUCAUUCCAGUUUGUAGAGAUCAAUGGCAUGAAGCUGACUGACCCUCACCAAGCCUAUGUGCAGAUACUAGAGUUACUGACAGGUCAGAAGGUGACAGCAACCCAUGCUGCAGAACUGUUGGCAAAACUGUUCAACACCCCUGGACCGAAGAGGAAAACCACAGUGCUGAUGGUGGAUGAGCUUGAUCUUCUGUGGACCCGGAAACAGAAUGUGAUGUACAAUUUAUUUGACUGGCCAACUCAAAAGCACUCCAAGUUAGUCAUCUUGGCCAUUGCUAACACCAUGGACUUGCCAGAGAGAAUAAUGAUGAACAGAGUAGCUAGCAGGCUGGGCCUCACCAGAAUGUCCUUUCAGCCCUACACCUACAAACAGCUGCAGCAAAUUAUUUCAUCUAGACUGAACAGUGUGAAGGCAUUUGAAGAGGAUGCAAUUCAGCUGGUUUGCAGAAAGGUCGCGGCGCUGUCCGGUGAUGCACGGCGAUGCCUUGACAUCUGCAGAAGGGCCACUGAGAUCUGUGAGUUUGCUGGCCAAAAGAGAGCCCCUGAGUUAGUCAGGAUGGCCCACGUAACAGAAGCCAUAGAUGAAAUGUUUUCGUCUCCAUAUAUAAAUGCAAUCAGGAAUGCCUCAUGGCAUGAACAAAUGUUUUUGAAAGCAAUUUUAGCAGAGUUCCGCUGUUUGUGUUUGAGUUCUCCUUCAUUUCAACAGGUUUAUCAUCACCACAUAGCACUGUGUAGAAUUGAAGGCAUGCAGAGUCCUACAGUGUCAGAAAUCAUGGCCAUUUGCUCAAGACUUGGUGCCUGCAGGCUCUUGCUGGUGGAGUCCAGCAAUAAGUAUCUUCACACGCGGGUGCGACUCAACGUCGGCCAGGACGAUGUCUUGUAUGCACUCAAGGAUGAUUAA